GGCGUCUCAUGGUCUCACAUCAUGCAGGGUCUAGCAAUAGCGCAGUAGAAGAAAGCAGCCCUUCCUGUCUGCACCAAAAUGCAGCUUCUGUAUUUUUGCACAAAAUUUGCGUGCAUCCUACUCUGCAUUACGACAAGCUUAACCUCAGCGGCUCCUCAAAAAGCUGACGUGCGCAAGGAACUUGUCGUUGUCGUGUUUCGACAUGGAGCCAGAGCGCCUCUGGGAACUUUUCCCAGGGAUCCAAAUAAAAACCACCACUGGCAAUAUGGUUUUGGCCAGUUAACGAAGCAAGGAAGGCUAGCUAUGCACCAGAUAGGGGAGUAUCUUCGGAAGAGAUACCGUACAAGCUUGUCUUUUGACCCACGUGAAGUAUGGGCUCGAAGUAGUCCAGAACCAAGGUGCUUUGACAGCGUGGCAUUGCUGCUGUACGGUAUGUACCCCAUUAAAGAAGAAUAUCAAAGAUGGAAAGCGGGACGAGAUUGGCAGCCAGUACCCAUCAUGAGUCUACCCAAGCAUAAUGACAAGUACACGUUUUAUUGCCCCAGGAUGAUUAAAACAAUGCUGACGACAUUGCUCUCAUCGGGAGGUAGUCAAGGGAAACUUAAUCCUGUACAGCGUGUGGCACAACUGACUGGCAUUUCACCGACUGAAUCCAGAAAGCUUUUAGACGCCACUGAUGCUUUUCUGGUGCAGCACGAAAAUAAUCUCACACUACCUGAUGCACUUCGGAGCCAAAUACCGGCCCUCAAAGUCCUCAAUGACGAGCUGUAUCUGCUUCUUGGCGCUGCACUCUCGCCAAUAAUGGGUGGUGAGAUGUUGAGAGACAUCGCUGAAAAGGUGCAGAGCUUCUUCAGUCCACGAGGAUCAAAGACAGUGCCUGGCAUGAAAGGAUUUGCUCCGUUGGAUAUCCCCGAAAGUGACGUCACGAAAAAGAAUCUCCACCUGUAUUCUUAUCACGAUCUAAAUGUAAUCGCUGUCAUGUUUAGUCUGAACAAUAGCACUUUAAAGGAACGACCUCCUUACGGCUCCACAAUUUUCUUCGAGGUUAAAAAGCCGAGUGGUCAAAAUGAACGUCAGAUUGAAGUAUUCUACAGGAAAGGGACCGAAAAGCGAGUUCCUGUUCGUAUAACUGGCUGCCCGGCUCCGUGUACAAUUCCCAAGUUUAACGACUUUGUGAAGAAAACCUUCAAGCCUGUGACUGCCGAACAGUGCGGAGUAAGCGAGGAGCAGUUUGUGCUACUCUGAUAUAUUGUCUCGCGAAUGAUAUAUCUAAUUUGGGGAUUUAUCGACGCACACAUGGAAGUUCUGUAUAACAUAUAUGGAGUAAUAAAAAGCUGGAUGAAGUGCA